GAAUGGAUUCAUCCUAGAGUGUAAAUGACAUAGCUCAUGUCUUCAAAAUAAUUUUACUUGGUAAUUCUAUGAUUUACUUUAGGAAGCAGUGCUGUUGGUAAAUCAUAGAUUUUACUCAAAUUUACUAAAGACUAAUUUAAUCUAUCUACUAAUACUACAAUCGGUGUAGAAUUUAGUGCAAAAGUCUUGGAAAUUGAUAACAAAAAAAUAAGAAUUUAAGUUUGGGAUACAGCAGGACAAGAGAAAUAUAAGGCUAUUGCAAAAGCAUAUUACAAAGGAGCAGUUGGUGCUUUCUUAGUUUACGAUAUCACAAAUAAAAAUACAUUCCUAGAAGUUGAUAGAUGGUUACUUGAAAUUAAAGAUUAUUCUGAUUAAUAAAAUCUGGUUCUAAUGCUUAUUGGAAAUAAGGUAUUUUUGCAUCAUAACAAUUUUAGAAUGACAAAGAUGCAGAAAGAUAGGUGAGCAAAGAAGAAGCCAUUAAGUAUGCUUAAUCUAAAAAAAUGGGAUUCUUAGAAACAUCUGCUUUAACUGGGCAUAAUAUAGAAUUUGCAUUUAAAAAAAUAGCUGAAGGUUUAAUCUCUUUCUAAUUUAGAAAUUUUAAGAGAUAUAAAUGAAACUCAAGAUGAUGAUGAGUUCCAAUAAACAGCAGCUCAAUACACAAAAAAUAAAGGUCAAACUUCAAAUGCUUCAGUCUUAAGAGCAGCUGAUCAUUAAGCAAAAAAAAAAAAUCAUAAUUCUUCUGGAAGUUGUUGUUGAUUAAAAAUAU